AUGCGUGUAGGAGGAUAUAUGGGUACUUCCGAAGAGGAUGGAAAUACGGAGCUUUCCGUGAACGGCUCUUUGGAUGGUGAAAAAUCCAUGGGCUUUCGCUGCCUAAAAUGCGUCGGUGAAAUUAGUACGUGGACGAAACUGACGAAACACCUGGACACGAGCUGGCACUACUCUGCUGCAUGCGUUGAGUGCGGGAAGAAACACAGUUACUUUGGUUCGUCACAGCCACACCGACACGAGAUGAGCACCAAACAUCGCGGAUUCCUUGGCAUAUUCCAUGAAAGAAACGACUACAAGAUCGACCAUCCGAUGGUACUUACGCGGGAUCAGUAUCGCUGCCAUUGUGGCACAUCAUUCUUGUGUGUCCUGCAUCUUGCCAUUCAUCUUCGCGACGAGCAUCAUAACCAAUACAUCCCAAAGACGGUGAAAUGUCUCACUUGCCAGGAGGAAGGCAUGCUGGAUGAGAUGGCGGAACACUGGACGACAAAAAAAAGUGAAAACCGGAAAGGGCGGGGCUUACGAUCGAAAAGGGGAACAGGUCCAUGCGAUGAAGGAGGGGUGCCGAAGGAUUGUGAAUUCGAAGUUGAAGGUUUCGGAGUGGAUCAAUUCCUCGUCCCAUUCCCCAAGCGCCCACCUCGCAGCCCAAACGGGAGUCAAUAUGUCAUUUUGUAUCAGUGCCCGACUUGUCGACUUUUGUUUGAUGAGUGGGCGGACAUCCGGCAACAUAUUGAGGAAUCAAACCACGUCCACGGACUUCCACCGGCACUUCUCCGUCGCCGAAUAGAAAGAAGGGUUGGUUUAAUAGAGCAGGGCUCGACCGGAUAUGGGCAGGUGGACUAUCGGACAGCGGGAAAUCGCUCGGCGGUUCGAUACCUUAAAGAAUUACUUGAAGUGUUUGCUGAUAUCAAUAACCCUGCCGUGAGGGAGCUUUUGUACAGAUAUGCCCCCACCAACAAAAAUGUCGAUCCGGAUGAUGAAGAAGUAUUUGGUUACCAAUGCCCCCUCGAGGAGUGCUCACAAGCCUUUCUAACCUAUGGCGAGUUUCGAAGUCACAUGAAAAGUACAAAACACCAAACGGAAUGUAAUAUCGACCCGGUAACGGGAAAGCCGUGGCUCCCUUCGUGGGAGUCAAAUCCGUACGCCUUUGAGGUGACCUUCACCAUGAGACAAUUGGUUGAAGUGUUUGGCUACCGCAAAUGCGGGGAGUGCAACCGCCCUUACAGGCCAGGAGAGGAACAUUAUCACUACCAAAUGCACCACUUCACCGAAAAAAUUGAUUUCCGAAUCCUGGAAUCCACUCUGUAA